AUGCAUUCUUUUAUCUUCUCUGGCCUGGCUUUGGCUGCUACUUUAGUACGGCCCGCAUACUGCAUAGACCUUCCCGACUACACCGGAUUAAAGACAGCUCAAAAUGGCAGCGUCUUGACGGUGACCUUUCACAAUCCUUCGUCUCCUAUCAACUUGUGGAACCUGGAUACCCAAAACGAUUUGACCGAUUUAGUGUCUCGCCUCCAGGUCAAUAACGAAACCAAGGUCGUCAUCUUCAACAGCGAUGUUCCUAGGUUUUUCAUGGCGCAUCUAGAUCUCUCCCUGCCUGAGUUGGCAGAUCCUGCAUUUGGCAAAGAAUUUGGUACUCUCAUCUACAACGUCUCCCAGUUGCACCAAGUCACCAUCGGGGCUGUGGAAGGCCGCGCCCGCGGGGCCGGCAACGAGUUCCUCGUUUCUCUCGACAUGCGCUUCGCCACAAAGGGCGAGAGCCUCUUCGGCCAACCCGAAGUCGGAAGCGGCUUGUUCCCCGGCGGUGGCGGCAGCCAAUUCCUCCCGGGUCUCAUCGGCAGAGGCCGCGCCAUGGAGUAUGUCCUGAGCUCCAACGACAUCACUGCAGAGGACGCCGCGAACAUCGGAUGGAUCAACAAGGCAUUCGACACCUCCGCUGAAAUGUACGGUUACAUCGACGAGCUCGCCCAGCGCUUCAGCUGGUUCCCUCUGUCAGCUCUCAGCGGCGGCAAGAAGACGAUCAACAGGGCUUCGGCGCCGUCGCUUGAGCAGGUCAUUGAGGAUACCAAGGACUUCUUCCAGCAACAAUUUGACCCGGAGGCGCAGGAUAUCGCGAAGAGGUCGGCAUUGCUGUCUCGUAACGUCUCAGCCGUGGACUUGGAGCUGAAUUUGCCUGAGACGAUUGCCCGUCUUUACACCUAA